AUGCUGCAGCUGCGGGACUCGGUGGACUCGGCGGGCACGAGCCCCACGGCGGUGCUGGCGGCCGGCGAGGAGGGCGGCGCGGGCGGGGGGCGGCCGGACCCGCCGCUGCGGCAGACGCUGUGGCCGCUCAGCGUCCACGACCCCACGCGCCGCGCCCGCGUCAAGGAGUACUUCGUGUUCCGGCCCGGCACCAUCGAGCAGGCGGUGGACGAGAUCCGCGUGGUGGUCCGGCCGGUGGAGGACGGCGACAUCCAGGGGGUGUGGCUGCUGACGGAGGUGGACCACUGGAACAACGAGAAGGAGCGGCUGGUGCUCGUCACCGACCAGUCGCUGCUCAUCUGCAAGUACGACUUCAUCGCGCUGCAGUGCCUGCAGGUGGUGCGCAUCGCCCUCCGCGCCGUGGACACCAUCUCCUGCGGGCGGUUCCAGUUCCCCCCGAAGUCGCUCAACAAGCGAGAAGGCCAGGGCCUCCGGAUUCAGUGGGACAAGCAGAGCCGCGCCUCCUUCAUACACAGGUGGAACCCCUGGUCCACCAGCAUGCCCUACGCCACGUUCGUGGAGCAUCCGAUGGCCGGUGCGGACGAGAAGACGGCUUCUCUGUGCCAAUUGGAGAGCUUCAAGUCCCUGCUGAUCCAAGCUGUCAAGAAAGCCCAGAAGGAGAGUCCCCAGCCGGGACAGGCCACCAGCGUGCUGGUCCUGGAGCAGCCGCUCCUCAUCGAGACCUACGUGGGGCUCAUGUCCUUCAUCAACAACGAGGCGAAGCUGGGCUACUCCAUGACCAGGGGCAAGAUCGGCUUCUAG